UAUAGAAGAUAAUUUGGCUGGAAGAGAAUGGUUCCUGCUGAUCUUGUCACUUGUAUGCCUCGUCUUGACCUUUCCUUUUUCUAUCUGGCUCUGCUUACAGUCUGGGAUGUUGCAAAUGGAGUACAAAAUUAGGCUGAAACGUGCAACGGGAUUCAUUGUUUCAGGUUGUUAAUGAAUACGAAGAGCCAGUCAUAAUGAGGCUUGGACAUAUACGAAAAAAUGUUGCGAGAGGUCCAGGGGUUUAUUUCAUUCUGCCCUGCACAGAUACCCUCAUCAAAGUGGACAUGAGGACAAAAACAUUCGAUAUGCCAUCCCAGGAAAUUUUUACUAAAGAUCCCCUGAUUAUUGAUGUAGAUGGAGUGGUCUAUUACAGAAUCCAUGACGCUCUCCUUGCGGUAACCAAGGUCACAAAUGCAGAUUCAGCCACCCGCCUUCUGGCCAAAGCCAUUGUGAAGAAUACGCUGGCGGCCCAGAACCUCUGCCAUAUCAUCUCCGAGCGAGAAAAAGUUGCCAGAGAUAUCCAGGCCCUGCUGGACAAUGUCACAGGUGACUGGGGAGUCAAGGUAGAGCGUGUGGAGAUCAAGAACGUGAAGACCCGAGUAAAUGUUGUGACGCCAGGGCAUGCGAUGUCACCGCCCAAGCCAGUGAAAGAAGCUUCCCUCUUCCUUCAGGAAUCUCCUCUCUCCCUCCAACUUCGUUGCUUGAAGGCAGACAGUGCCCACCCGAGCCAACAAUAUUCCACCAUUAUCUUCAGCUACCCGUAGCUAAGCGGAAAAGCGUUGGGAAUGAAGCAAUCAGCAGAAGCCAUUUCUGCAGAACACUCGCAGUUUUGGUGAGAAGCCAGGGUGCUUCGAAAUCCAAGGCAACACUGGAGUUGGUGGAUGUAGUUACUUGUUUGUUCUUAAUGUUUGAUGCUGUUCA